AUGUCGAAUAGAAAUCAGUUGAAUUUCGCGGUUCUCGUUGGGGGACGCGAUGAAACUGAUUCGCCAUCCUGUUUCCUACUAGCAGCGAGCUUGACAGGACAAUCACCUUCUCAUCGAUAUCCCCGGAGAUCGUUGAUUGUCAAGUUCUAUCUGAGGAAAAAAGAACGUUCGUUCGACCAGUUCUUGAAUAAACAGAAUUUGGAAGCCAUACCAUUCUCAGCAUCCUAUGGCGCAGCGAUGACGUUUGAUGAACGGAUGGAUAUCUGGGUCAUCCUCAUGCAAACACAGCAUGUAAUAUCAAAUGACAUGAGAAACAGGACUGAGUAG